CGGGUGACUGCUGCAGCGACCCGCGCUCGCACGAUUCCCUGUUCCGACAGCGGCAAUAGCUUAAAACGAACCUCGAAUCGCUUCGAGUUCUUGUCCCAUGCGCCGAUUGAUCUCGGAUCUGAAAAACCGCGAUUCGACGGCUUCAGUUCGUGCCCCACUCGCCUCUUUGUUUCAACUUCUUCGCUCUCCAAGAGAUUCUCUAUAUGCCAUCGCACUUCGGGUAUCUAAACCUAUUGGCCAUUGAUUGAGGGUAUAUAAUUUCAGUUAAGCUAUGCUUAGAACUAUACAUUUUUACUUCGUGUCAUAUUCAUUCAUGGAUCUAUAUGUUCAUACAUUAUAAUUAUAACAGUUUACUGAUUAAGUUAGAUUAGAUGAUGAUACAUUACUCUCUGACUGCUAACAUAUGCCCUACCAUUUGAUUCAUUCGCUAUCCUCUUCUGGCUUUCAUAUUUUGUGAUAUUUUAUAUUAAUCAGUUAGAUUGGAAGCCACCCCAUGUCAUUAAUCAUUGUGGAUAGCAAAUAUAGAACUUUAGUUUUCAAAAGAUAGCUAAAUAUAGGAUGCGUGGUUGAUGAAAAGCACAGAUUCGUUAAAAGUAGAGCAUAAAAGAGAUCACCUGCAACAAAAUUCCCAAUAGAGGUUUUCAUUUUCCAUUUCCCCCAAACUCAUGUCAUUUUCAAAUCAAAAUCCAAACUGCCCCCUGAAAUAUUGACAGAAGCAAUCCAAAUUUGGUUCGAGACUGACAUCCAAGAGGAAACCAAGAGAAAAAGAAAGGGUUAUGUGUGUUAUGAAUCCAUGAUUGAUCAUUGAAGCAUGGAGAGGAAUGGGCAAGACCACUUGUUUUUAUCAAAAAUACCCAAUUGAUGCCAAUUCACUGCCCCCCAUGUGCUGCACACUUCCCGCUUGGAUCGGCAAGAAAUAAGAGACCGACCGAUCUGCAGGGUGCAGGGUGCAGGGUGCAGGCGCAGGCCAGUCAAACCCUCGGAAUUUGACUACUGCGAGUUCAGAGAAAUGGAGGCCGGAAGUGAUUGAUUGUGAAAGAUUGAAGAUUUCCUUGCAAUACCGAUGGGGCGUUAAAGGGCGCAAAGAGAGAGAAGUGUAGCGUGAUUGGUGCGUGUAUCUCACUUGCGUAUAUUCAAGCAGUCCCAGUUAAGUCCAAUACAAGGCAGCGACCCCAGCCCUGGAGUCAAAUUCUAGUCUCCUCUUCAAAACCCAACAGGCAUUCUCUCUCUAAAACCUCUUAUAACCAAAGGGGGCUUUCUAUAAUUUCGCCACGUUCUGAGAAUACCCAGAUUGGUUUCUUAAUCCCUCCCCCUUCUUCUGUAACUGCUGAAGAACAACUCUGCUUUUGGGGCCUUCAAUUCUGCCCCUCAUCUCCCCACUUUCCCUUGUCCUCGCUUUGUGGCUCUAGAUUUGCGUUUCUUUCUUCUUUUUUCGUUUUCUUUUGCAGUUUCUUAGAAAUCGGAUCCCCUCUUGAAUGUGGUAGAGGAAAAGGGGUAUUGAUUGUUGUUGAAAUGGAUGAUAAUGGAGGCUGUUUGGACGAGGAGAUUGUGGAUGAAGGCACAUUCGUUGACAUUGGAAAUCGAAGCCCAGCAGAGGAUGAUUAUGUGGAUACGUUACUUGCGAAGGAGACAAGUUUUGGGUUUGGGAAAGAUAAAUCUUUGGUGUUUGGGAACUGGGUCAAAUGUGCCCGUUUGGAAGCAAUUGCAUGGAUUCUCAAAACCAGAAAUGUGUUUGGAUUCAGUUACCAGACGGCUUAUCUUUCGGUGAUAUACUUCGAUCGGUACCUUUCGCGGAGGGCCAUUACUAACGAGAAGGUGUGGGCGAUUAGGCUAUUGGCAGUGGCUUGUCUGUCGUUGGCGGCGAAGAUGGAAGAAUUGAAGGCUCCAGCGCUGUCACAAUUUGCAGUGGAUGAUUUCAUCUUUGAAAGUAAGGUAAUCCAAAGAAUGGAGCUUUUGGUGUUGAACACAUUGGAAUGGAAGAUGGGUUCAACCACUCCUUUCUCCUUCAUUCCUCAUUUCAUAUCUAAAUUAACCAUUGAAUCCCCACCAAGCUGUAAGGUUUCUGAGAUCCUCGAACUCAUCUGGGUUAUGAUUAGAGAAAGAAGUACAGAGAACCAUCGGCCUUCUGUAGUAGCAGCCGCCGCAGCCAUUUUAGCAGCAAUGGCUGACAGAUUACUAACAAGGAAGGCCUUGGAGUUGAAGAUGAAAUCCAUUUCGCAAUGUAGAUAUCUUGAAGUAGAAGAGGUGGUUUUGUGUUACAAUCUGAUGCAAGAGCUCAGAUUGGAAAAAUGUAGAGAAGGAGCAGAGUGUUUGAAAUCACCAACCCAAAUGAAAUCCAUGGAUUGUUCAGAGAAUUCUUCAGUAACAUCAGCGAUUGCCUUGAAAAGAAAACAGCUAAACUUCAUAAACUUCGAUGAAAAGUGUGGUGUGGCUGAUGGAAAGCGGCCCCGGUAGAGGGGAAAAAGAUGAUAAUUUGGGGUUUUAUGACACAGUAAUUGCUUGAAUUGUUGGUUAACUAAUGAAGCUUUCUCAGUAUACAACCAAUGAUGAAAGAACAGAGAAACUAAAAGGAAAAUGGCAGAUGUAUUGGGGCUGCACCUGCACGAAAAAAUAGCAGAAGUGAAAGGUGAAGAAGAAAUAAGGGAAGGAGGACCAGGAAGGCAUUAGGGGGAGGAGGAGGGCUUGAAAGAAAGCUGCUGCUUAUAGGGGACAUCUAUCCUCUUACUCACUUGAUGAUGUUCACUCUCUCUUUUGUUAAUUGAUUAUUUGUUUUUGUAUUGCUUUUAAAGAUUAUGGGGUUUUUUUAGCUGUGUCUGGGAAGCCCUGAGGAUGCUUUCUUGGGUUCUUUGAAAAGGGUGUAAGAAAGUUAAGAAGUGAAAGAGGGUGUGGGGGUGGGGGAAGUGUUGGAAAGGAGGUGAGGAGUGAUGGACAAGCUCUGUUUACUGUGAUUUGAUGCCUCUUUGCUUGGUUUUAGCCUUCAAAAAUGUUUGUUUUUAGGUGGGGCCAAGCUCUUUUCCCUGUACUAAAAGAGAAGAGAAAGAUUUAGAGGCUAAACCUGGCUGGUUUUUUUCCAAGACCCUUUUAUAUUUUUGUGUGUAAUAUGAUUAAUAAAACUUGAAUGAUACUGUGGUCUGUGGAGU